AUCCGCGCGAGCCACAGAGAACAGAGUAGAGAGAGAAAGAGAGAGAAGUUGCUUUAGAGACGUUGUCGGACUUCAAACCACUCUCAGUACCGGAAUUUAGGAACUCCGUUUAAAUCCGAAGCCUUCAAAAAAACAAAAAAGGAUAAGCCUUUCCUUCUUCAGAGAGAUUUUGGAGUAGGAAAGAUAUGUCCACGCCUCUCAAAGUGUGGCAACGUUGGUCUACUAAGACGAAUCCAGAUUCUAAUGGUAAGGGUCCAGAAAUGGCGAGCCCAGUUACGGGUCGGGUCAGUGAGAUCCAGUACGAUGUUGAUCCAAGAAGAUUGCCUGAUAAAGUCUCAGAGCUUGAAAAAGAGCUUUUUGAGUAUCAACAGAGUAUGGGUCUUGUUCUACUCGAGAAAAAGGAGUGGAGUUCUAAGUACGAAGAGCUUCAACUAGAGUUUGAAGAUGCAAACGAGUGCCUUAGGAGAGAACGUAAUGCGCAUCUGGUUGCUAUGGCAGAUGUUGAGAAGCGGGAAGAGGGGUUGAGGAAAGCUCUGGGGAUUGAGAAGCAAUGUGCGCUUGAUCUGGAGAAGGCUCUGCGGGAGCUACGCACUGAAAAUGCGGAGGUCAAAUUUACAGCUGACUCGAAGUUGGCUGAGGCAGAUGCGUUGGUAAGAAGUGUUGAAGAGAAAUCUCUGGAAGUUGAGGCAAAGCUGCGUGCUGUUGAUGCAAGACUUGCUGAAGUUUGUAGGAAGAGUUCAGAGGUGGAGAGGAAGUCCAAGGAAGUGGAAGCUAGAGAAAGUUCUCUUCAAAGAGAGCGGUUUGCCUACAUUGCUGAACGAGAAGCAGAUGAGGCAACCUUGUCAAAGCAGAGGGAGGACUUGCGUGAAUGGGAAAAGAAGUUGCAAGAAGGAGAAGAAAGAGUUGCUAAAUCUCAAAUGCUUGUGAAGCAGAGAGAGGACAGGGCAAAUGAAAGCGAUAAGAUUAUCAAGCAAAAGGGAAAAGAACUUGAAGAGGCACAAAAGAAGAUUGAUGCUACUAACCUUGCUUUGAAGAAAAAAGAAGAUGAUAUCAGCUCAAGGAUAAAAGCUCUUACUUUAAGGGAGCAAGAGAUUGAUGUGCUGAAGAAAUCCUUAGAGACAAAAGAGCAAGAGCUACUAACUAUGCAAGAGAAUCUGGAGGCCAGAGAAAAGGUUGAAGUUCAGCAACUAAUUGAUGAACACCAAGCUAAACUGGAGGAAACACGGCGUGAGUUUGAGUUGGAAAUGGAGCAGAAAAGAAAAUCUAUUGAUGACAGCUUGAGGAGCAAGGUUGUUGAGUUGGAAAAGAGGGAGGCUGAGUGGAAGCACAUGGAGGAGAAAGUUGCUAAACGUGAACAGGCAUUAGAUAAGAAACUGGAGAAGCAUAAAGAAAAGGAAAAAGAUUUUGAAGCAAGACUGAAAGGCAUAAAGGGCAGAGAGAGAGCCUUGAAAAGCGAGGAGAAGGCACUGGAAACUGAGAAGAGAAAACUGGCCGAGGAUAAAGAAAAUAUACUCAAUCUUAUAGCUGAAGUCGAGAAGAUAAAGGCUGAAAACGAAGAACAGCUAUCAGAAAUUCAUAAAGAGAAGGAAGAGCUUAGAGUUACUGAGGAGGAGAGGUCCGAGUAUCUUCGUCUGCAAACUGAAUUAAAGGAGCAAAUAGAAAAGUGCAGGUCUCAGCAGGAGCUGCUUUCGAAAGAGGUUGAGGAUUUGAAGGCACAAAGGGAGUGUUUUGAGAAAGAAUGGGAAGAACUUGAUGAGAGGAAAGCUGAGAUUGAGACCGGACUAAAGAAUAUAACUGAUCAGAAAGUAAAACUUGAGAGAAACAGUCACUUGGAGGAAGAAAGGUUGAAAAAGGAAAAGCAAGAAGCAAGUGACAUCAUGAAAAGAGAGCUAGAAACUCUUAAAGUGGCAAAAGCUUCAUUUGCAGCUACUAUGGAGCAUGAGCGCUCGGUGAUCUAUAAGAAAGCUGAGAGCGAAAGGAGUCAACUGCUUCACGAUAUUGAAAUGCUCAAAAGGAAACUCGAAUUGGAUAUGCAGAGUAAACUGGAAGAAAGAGAGAGGGAGUUACAAGCCAAAGAGAAGUUAUUUGAGGAAGAGAGAGAGAAGGAACUGAGCAAUAUUAAUUACCUAAGAGACUUAGCUAGAAGAGAAAUGACGGAUGUGCAGAUUGAUAGACAGAGAAUAGAGCUAGAAAAGCUGGAAAUUGAUGCUAGUAAAAACCAUCUUGAAGAGCAGCAGACAGAGAUUCGGAAAGAUGUUGAUGACCUUGUUGCCUUAACCAAGAAACUGAAGGAACAGCGGGAACAGUUUCUUAGCGAGAGAAAUCGUUUCCUUACUUCCAUGGAAAGUAAUAGGAACUGCAAUCCUUGCGGUGAACUGCUUUCAGAGCUCGCUCUUCCUGAUAUUGACAACCUGGAACUGCCUAAUUUGUCAAAACUGGAAAACAUUCUUGAGAACCAAGCACCAAUGAGGGAUACAUCGCCAGCAGCUACCGCCUUAGGAUUGCCAGUUCAAACUGGUGGGACAGUGUCAUGGCUCCGGAAAUGUACUUCAAAGAUUCUUAAGUUGUCCCCAAUAAAAAUGGCAGAAACCUCUGGUACACUGAAUUUUACUGACCAGGAACCUCAGUCUACUGAGCAAGCUAACGUGAACAUUGGUCCAACAACUAUGCUUCAGGCCGAAUCUGAAAAUGACACAAGAGAAGUUGAACUCGCCAAUGCAGACUUGGACGGUGAUCAAAGCAACAUCGACAACAAGGCUCAAGAAGUUGCUGCAGAUUCUUUGUCUAAUCCAAAUGCUGAUGGUCAAUCACGUAUGAGAGGGAAAGCCAGAGUCAUAAGAACACGCUCUGUCAAAGAUGUUAUAGAAGAUGCUAAAGCUAUCUAUGGAGAAUCUGUAGAAUUCAAUGAGCCUGAUGAUUCAACAGAGAAUGUUGAGGACAGUGCUAAAGGAAAUGAUGAAAGCACUGGUGAACCUGCUCGUUCCGAUAAAGGAGGUUCAAAGAAUGGACGGAAACGUGGACGUAUGGGUUCUCUGAGAACGUGUACUACCGAGCAAGAUGGUAACGAGAGCGAUGGAAAAUCAGAUAGUGUCACAGGAGGAGAACGUAAACGUGGGAAGAGGCAGCAAAAGGUUGCAUCAGAACAACAACAAGAAGUGGUGGGACAAAGAUAUAAUCUCCGGCGAUCUACAAGGGUGGCUGGAAAAACCGCACUUGGUAAGAAGAAUGAAGAGACUGGUGGAGUGCAACAAGACGAUGGUAUUUACCAUACUCAAACCACUGCUACAGAAUCAGUAGGCGUUGCUAUUAGCCAUAAUGGAGUAAGCACGAAUGUGGUGGAGCGGGAAGCCAUGGCAAUGUCUGAGGAUACGGAUGCUGGUUCGCCCAAAAGAAUAGGCGAGAGUGGAGCAAUGAGUGAAGAAGAUGUGAACAAAACACCUCAAAGGGUUGACUCUGGAAACGAGUAUGGUGAUGAAGAAGAUGAAUCAGAAUCAGAACAUCCCGGGAAAGUCUCCAUUGGUAAGAAGCUCUGGACAUUCCUGACGACAUAG